GCAUCGGUAGACCCCCCAUAACAGCUGGGCUCAGGUCUUUUACUGGCCUUUUAUUGCCUAUUAGAUGGUCCAGAACCAUGCUGUACUGAAUGGUUGGACUUUCCAUACCAGAACCAGCUGAGUCCGAGGCAGCAGGGCUUGCAGCACCACCGGAAGCGGCCAUGUUUCUCAAUGACACUGGUUUAAGUGUUGCCAUGCUUAAACCGGGCACCACUAAGCCAGGGCUGCCCAAGUCUGGACUUCAGGAGCGGGUCAGGCAUACGUCACUGGCUUUCCCUCCCUCUGCCUCCACAGUGAUGAAGACCUCCAGAUCCUCCAACACGUUGGCCUCAGACCAGCGGCUCAGUAAGCUAAAAAGAGCCAGCAGUGAUGACGCCCUGACGAAGCCCACGCCGGGAGCUGCUGCCUCUGGCUCCAGGAUGAAGAAGACGGUCACUACUGGAGCUAUUUCAGAUCUAGCAGAGGCCCGCCCUCGCAGCCUUUCAGGUGCACAAGCAGCCAAAAAGUCUGGGAUCCCAGCUCCAAGAGAAAUCCCUUCAGCCAUGACAAGAGAUCGAAUUUCUCUGAGGGAUCAACUGAGGAGCUCAUCUACAAAAAGAAUGGUUUCCAGUGCCAGCACCUCGAGCCUCUCCAUGCUAGCGAAGCAGACUCGUWGUUCAACCAAGUCCCGUUCAGACACCGAGAGCCAAGAAAGAGGCCAUUUGGAGAGCCAGGUGAAACAGCUGAUGGCUGAGGCCAAAGCUAAAGACUCAGAGAUCAGCAACCUAAAGAUGGAGCUGCAGCGCUGCAAGAAUAAACCCUCCCCUGCUUCUUUACCCUCACCCAUCUCCUUUUCACACCAAGAGCAUGCAGCUGGCUGUGAGCAGGAACAGGUGRCUGAAGCCCUGGUGCUGGUCAGAGAGCUUAGAGAGAAGAAUGGGAGGUUUCAGAAAGAGCUAGCCACCCUCAGGGAUGAGAACCAGGCCCUGAAGGGAAAGCUGCUCUGCUUGGAGGCUUCUCCUCUUUCUGAUAAAAACAAAAGCUCUUCUUCCAGUACUCUUGUGAAUGGUGUGUCCUCAGACUGCUCAGCUUCCCAACAGGAUGGUCUUCAUCCCGCUGCCAGCCCACUCAAACCCUCGGCUUCCUUCAGCUCUGACACGAUGAAGGAGUCCCCUUCACCAGACUCCUCAGAGUUCGAGAAGAUCUCGUCACGCUCAGAAUCAGGAUGCAGCAGUGUCGGUGGGGAAACCGUUGCAGCCGAUGCGGUGAACGUAGGAGGUCCGGAUGUCUCUGUGCAAAGACUAACUGAACAGAUUCACAAGAUGGAGGAGAACCAUCACAGCACGGCAGAGGAGCUGCAGGCGACGCUGCAGGAGCUGGCCGACCAGCAGCAGGUGGUGCAGGAGCUAACGGCCGAGAAUGAGCGUCUAGCCGAGGAGAAGCGCCUCCUUCAGGCCUCACUUCAGCAGCAGCGGGAACGUCUGGAAGUGUUGGGUCAAAAGAAUGAAACGCUUGCUGUCAGGCUUCAGGAGCAAGCUCAGGCUCAGGCCCAGAGGGAGCAAGAACUGGGCCGCCAAGGGCCUCGUCUGGCCGAGCUGGAGCAGAAGUACAGCGAGCUGGUGGAGAGCUCUCGGUUCGAACGGGAAAAGCUGGUGGACAUCCAGCAGCAGCUGACAGGCAGCCUGCGGGCUCUGGAGGAGGAGCACCAGGACACCCAGGGUCAGGUGCGCUGCCUCAAUGAGGAAAUGGACAAACUGCAAACCCAGCUGGACCAGGAGGUGGAAAGCAGAGGUGAGGCAUCACACGACGCCGAGGAGCACCGGGCAGCGGCGGACUGUCUCAGGCUGGAAAACAGUCGGCUUAAGGCACAGGUGGAGAUUGAGAGGCAAAAAGUGAGYGAGCUGAAGGCCAUGCAAAGUGCCAGCGACAACACAGAGCUGCAGGAUUUACUGAAGAUGGCUCAUGCUGAGAAGGACAAACUGGAGGUGAAGCUGACAGAGCUGAGACAGGAGCUUCUUCAGGCUCAGACCGACACUGAGAAUGUGCGAGCCACAAUGUCCAAGUUGCAGAUCAAAUGCCAGCAAAUUCAGGAGCAGGCUGAGAAGAGGGAGCAGGAGCUAAUUAACCAAGUGAGUUCCCUGGAUGAAGCUAGGAUGCAAGCAGAGAACCAGGUGAAGGAAAUGAAGGAGACCAUCUUUGAGCUGGAGGACCAGGUGGAGCAGCAGAGGGCUGUAAACUGUCACACCAACCAAGCUGUCCUGGACAUGGAGAAUGUUGUGAAAAAGCUGGAGGAGCAGAAAGCUGAAGCAGAGCGACAGCUGAAAGCUCAGAAUAGACAGAUGAAGGAAGAAAAAGAGGACUGGCGUCGUUUUCAGGCAGACCUCCAGACGGCCGUGGUGGUGGCCAACGACAUCAAAGUGGAGGCUCAGCAGGAGGUGCACGCGCUCAGGAGGCAGCUGCAGGAGGAGCAGGGUCGUAACGCAAAGCUUUCAGGAGACCUGGAGGCUCUGCAGGGAGUCAGAAUAAGCACUGGAGCCACUUUUGAUACCAAGACAGCAGUCGAAGGCCACUAGUGAAGAGUCAACUCUGCAUCACGUGAAGACGGUGUUAUUGAUGCACUUAUGUUUUGUAAAAAAAAAACUGAACUUGUUUUAUUGUAAGUCACUGUACAAGAUGGAUGCAGUACACAAAGGAAUUUUUAUGACUAUUCCUCUGUAUUUCUUAGUAAUAUGAAGUAUUUUUAAUAAGAAGACCCAACUUUAGGUUCUCAGUGAAUGUAUUCUGUGUGUAUGUACUGUAAUUCUCUUGUGAUGUGGACGUGUCACAGUAUUUACAGACGAUGACGUGUGAAAACUUUUUGUGCCUUUCAGAAAAUUGAGAUGAUUAAGAAAACAAUGGGUUGCAAAGUUAUCCACCUSUUGGUAUCCUCUUUGUUUUGUUGCCUUGAUGGAAAACUUGGAUGGAAAGAAAUCCCCACAUCAUGAAGCUGCCACCACCAUGCUUCCCUGUUGGAAUGUUCUCAGCAUGAUGAAAGGUGUUAGGUUUAGGAUUUUCCCCCAUUUUGCAUGUUUACAAAAUCUGAGAAAACUCAACUUCAAAUUAGGGAUUUCUAAGGGUCAAUAGAAUAGAAUAGAAUAGAAUUUGUCAUUGAACAAGACUGAACCUGGAAAAAAACCUGAAAAAACAAAACAAAACCAAAAACAAAACAAUAAAUCUAAAGAAGCCAGCAGACUGCACCGAAUUAUUAUUAGUCUGGAGCAUUUAGCUUAUGAUGAAACUUAAAAUCAGUUUAAAUAGCAGAAUGGGCAGGGGAGGGAUACCAGGAGGAGUGAAUACUUUUGUAACCCACUUUAGGACCAAAUUUAGUUAAAGCUGUAAGAAAUAUGACAAGAACUGCAUGCUGAGGAUUCUCAACGUUUGGCCUAAAAAUAAUAAUAAAAUAAAAAAGCAUCAGAAAAUCCACUCAUUAAUGGAAGAUCGACACACAAAGACCAAUUUGUAUUCAUAAUAAUGUAGUUGGUACACAUUUGUGUGCUGAUAUAAUCAUCUGACUUUUUCUGAUUUCAUCUUGUUGACUCUGUUUACAWCAGUCUACAGAAAGUGUUAUUUUUAUUUUUGUCCAUGAGAUGGCGAUGUUGAACACAUUUUUUUCUAAACCUCUUUAAAACGGUCAGCAUACAGGUAUUAACUUCUGUUUCAUGUUGUUGUCUACUUUUAAACAAAGAAAUUAUAUUUAUUUUGCAUUUUUAACAUUAUAUUGCCAAUUUUAGACUUAAGAAAAUUUAAAAAGCAAACCUCAGGGCUACGUUUUUUUUUUUU